AUGGAAGCCCACCCGCCUUCUUACGAAGCAUCAACCGCCAUCGACGUCUGGGAGAUUGUAGCCGAAUACCUCUCCUCCAGGGACCUCUGCGCAGCCGCACUGUGCUGUAGCCGAUGGCACGCGACUUUUGUACCCUUCCUCUGGGGCAAUCCGGCUUCUCACUUCGGAAUCGAAAACGACGCCGUGUACGUGGCGUUGACGCAUUUCAAGCGGACGCUCCAGACGGCAAGAUUGCUGGUUCGCUCUUUCACACAUACACUACAUCUACCUCCAGCACAUGCUGAGAUCUACAAUGGACCUCAGGCGGAUUGGCUGAGGGAGAUCCUGGAGAGACUGCCGAAUUUGCAGUCCCUGAUUGUCAGGGGAUUGCCGUUCUUUGAUUAUAGUACUCUGCAGGCACUGAUUCAGGUGCGGACCAGGCCAACAGAGACUUGGAGACCGCCUGACGGGGUGCUUGAGCUUCCGGGAGCGACUGGGAGUUCGUUUCAGAGACCGUCCCAUGUCGUACCUUCUUUCGGCCUACGUUUGUUGGAUGCUUCACGUUGUCCGAACGUCACUUCCAGUGGACUUGCUUCAGCAUUGAGCCGUUUCGAAACCCUGCUGUAUCUGGACUUAUCCUUUAGCUAUCCAGCACGCGAGCGAGCGGUCUUGGAAGUAUUGAGGGAGUUUCCGGGCCUGCAAGUACUGAAAUUGCGCGGCAUCGGCUUGAAAGAUCAUGGCGUGGAAAUACUGUGUCGAUCAAUAGGCCUGCGAGUCCGUAGCUUGGACUUACGAGACAACCAGGUAACGGAUCGAGGUAUUCGCGCACUGCUCGACAAUUGCUUUGGUACCCACUCGGCGUCAACGACUCAAACCGAAGCGCCAUCGUCGGGACAGAGAUCACCGGUCCUGCUACCCUAUCUUGGAUCUGAAAUGCUGGAGAUCUACCAAGGAGAAGAUUUCGAAGGGUUCCUUCGCAAUGCGUUUACUGGGAGGUUCGUGAGCCGUCUGGCGAUCGAAGAUGUGCCAGAAGGAGGCAUCACUCACUUAUACAUUGCCGGCAACCCGAUCACGGUCGAGGGAGUCUCGGGCCUUGUUCGGUCGGAAAGAUUGCAUGUGCUGGAUGUGGGUUCUGUCAGCGCCACCAUCGGUAGACAUCCCUCACAAUUGGAUGGCGACGGUGAGCGAAUGCCGAUGCCUGGCAUCGAGAAGCUCACACCAGUCUUCUCCAAGCACGCAGCAGAUGCCAUGUCAUUUCUUCGAAUCGAUCACAGUUUGAUCACCCAAGAGGCGCCGAAUCUUCAUCCCGAUCAAGUUGUGCAAGGUCGCGUCGAGCUCGGAGAUACUUCUCUUCCCUACAAUACAAACGAUAUUGUUGAGCUCGAGGGGGCUGGCGUUCGGCGUGAAGCAUUCGAAAUGUCAGCGGCGCAAGAAACGCCUCGUUACGAACUCGAAGGCGAUCCUUUGCAAUUUGUCGUACCACCGGCUGCGGGUGGUACUUUCAAGAUCAGUAGGCCUGCUGAGGAAGCACCUACUGCACGGAGAGGAAGUGCUCUCGCGCCCGAGGCAGUCGAUUCUCUCACACAAGACAUGCAUACUCCAACUCUCCUGAGUCCAGCUUCGGCCGCGGAAAGUACCCAGAGAAACGGCCACGGUACCAUCAUGGUCUCAUCUGCCUCACCUGCAGCAACUCCAGGUAGCGCAUCAUCCUCAGCACCGCAAACACCAGCCUCAAGACCACACAGCUACUCGUCCAUGGCCACCGAGCGAACAGCCCGCCUAACCGCCCACAUCUCAGCCCGCCACAACCUACACCCAGCAAUGCUCCCACACCUCCAAACCCUCAUUCUCACCGACGUCCCGCCCUUCUCGCCAACCACAGAAGUCGCAGACCGCAUCAUCCACUUCCUCAAGACCUGCGCCGAGGAAAGCUCCCUCGCCCGCAAACAAGCCGCGCUGGACUACUCCUCCCCUCCGGGCCGCAAGGGCCACGCCUCCGCCUUACAAGACUCGGCGAACAGAAUCUUCGCUCUCAAACGCUUAGUACUCGAACUUGCCCCCGAAGAAGAUGGCAGCGGCGGGAGGAGGAGUAGAAAUGGUACAGCCUCGUCCUGGCACCAUCAUGGCACGAAAUCCCUCACCGAAGAUCGAGACAGCGAGGCCUUGUGGUCUGCCUCGGAAACGGAUUUUUCCUUUUUCGCCGACGAGGAGGAGGAGGAGGAGGUGACCGUAGUUCCUCCUGCCCAUACCCCGGACGGAAAAUCUGUAGUAGGCCUGCUGCCGGAGAAACCUGCUGCCAUCGACAAUGUCGCUCGGAUCGCUGCUUUUCGAAAGGACAGGAAAGUUGCGCGUCAGCGACUGGUGGAAGCUGGUGGGAAUGGUUUAGAAGAAGCGGAAACGGAGGGAUACUGGGGUGGAAUGGUGCAGGUGGUGAGGUCGCGAGUGGCUGCGAGGAAUGAUGAAGAAAUGGAUUAUUAUGGGGAUAAGUUUACGAAUCAAUGA